CUAAGUUACUCAAAUUCGUAUUGUUUGUUUUAUACCAGUAUGCAUUUUGAAUAAAAGUACAAAAAUGAUGAAAAUAAUAACAUUUAGUUUAUUUAUAAUAUUGGCAGUAUUUAAUGCAGUUUCAGCUAUUACUUUCUUUUCUGAAGAUGAUUGCACCAAAGAUGUACAACAACCCUUCGUACAUUGCAGAGCACGUAUUCCCGUAUGGCACUGGGAUCACCGUCUUCAAAGAUGCGUAUUAAGUCUAUUUGGUGGAUGUGCUGCAACCAAUAACAAUUUUUAUUCGCAAGAAGACUGUUUCGUAAUUGCAGGACCAAUUUGUGGAGGACACAGAAAAUAUAAACCUUAUUAUUAUUUUUUGUUGUAUUAGAACAAUAAGAUUAGAAUAACUCUAUUAGUUUUAUUUUUGUCCUAGACAAAUACUGUUUUAAACAAUUAUUUAAGAAAAA